AUGAAUAUUGAAGAUGCACAAUUGCCUUUGACAGAGCUAAGGCAGGAAAUGGGAGGGAAAUGGAGGGUGUUCCUGAAAGAGCUUAGGAAGGUGAGCUACGUAGCAGCGCCAAUGGUGGCUGUCACGGUGAUGCAGUACCUUAUACAGGUUGUUUCGGUGAUGAUGGUUGGACAUGUUGAUCAGCUCUCGCUUUCCGGGGUCUCUAUUGCCACCUCUUUCACCAAUGUUACUGGCUUCAGUCUUCUUUUUGGUCUGGUUGGUGCAUUGGAGACUCUAUGUGGACAAGCAUAUGGCGCAGAGCAAUAUCAAAAGCUUGGAAUUUACACUUACACAUCCAUCCUUUGUCUCUGUUUGGUCUGUGUCCCAAUAUCUCUACUAUGGAUAUUCACAGACAAAAUCCUACAAUUGAUAGGCCAAGACCCUUUGAUCUCAAAUGUAGCCCACAAAUACUCACUCUGUCUCAUCCCUAAUCUCUUCUCCUACGCCGUACUUCAAUCGCUUGUUCGAUAUUUCCAGACACAGAGUUUGAUUCUUCCAAUGCUGUAUAGCUCUUGUGCAGCUCUGUGUUUGCAUGUACCUCUUUGUUGGGGUCUCACCUUUAAACUCAAACUAGGAAGUAUUGGAGCAGCAUUAGCUAUAAGCUUCUCUUAUUGGUUUAAUGUGCUUUUACUUGGGUUUUACAUGAAGUAUUCUGUAGCAUGUGAAAAGACUCGUGCACAUGUGCUUUCAAUUGAGGUCUUUCUAAACAUUAAGGAGUUCUUCCGCUUUGCUGUUCCUUCAGCUUUAAUGGUUUGCCUUGAAUGGUGGUCCUAUGAGGUGCUUAUAUUGCUUUCUGGGAUUUUAUCAAAUCCAAAAUUGGAGGCUUCAGUGCUUUCUAUAUGCUUUACAAUUACAUACUUGCACUACUUCAUACCAUAUGCGUUUGGAGCCACAGCAAGCACUCGGGUUUCAAAUGAGUUAGGAGCUGGGAAUCCUCAGGCUGCUAAAGUCACAGUUUGUGCUGUCAUGGUUCUUGCAAUGGUGGAAAUGAUUGUUGUAAGCACAGCUCUUUUCUCUUACCGCCAUAUUCUAGGAUAUGCAUUCAGCAGCGACAAGGAGAUUGUGGAGCGUAUUGCAGAUAUGGCUCCUCUUAUUAGUCUCUCAAUUGUUACGGAUGGGUUACAAGCAGUCCUUUCAGGGGUUGCUAGAGGAACUGGAUGGCAGCACAUAGGUGCAUAUGUAAAUCUUGGUGCAUAUUACCUCGUUGGCACUCCGGUGGGUGUGGUGCUGGCUUUUCUAGCACACUUAAGAGCAGAAGGGCUUUGGAUCGGAUUACUGACAGGGUCUGCUGUUCAAGCUCUCUUGCUAGCUCUGAAAACAAGUCUCACAAAUUGGGAAAAGCAGGCAUCAAUCGCAAGAGAGAGGAUAACAAACGAGGUCUUAGCUAGAGUGGAACCAGUUGGAUAA